UAACAAUUCUAUGGAGGUGUGGAUUCAAGUUUCCAUUUCCCGCGAAGAUUUCUUCUCUCCGCCCACAUCACCAGAGGAUUCAAGACCAAGAAAGAAUAGCUCAGGAUGAAAGUGAAAGGCAGGGAAAUCAGCUAUUGGCUCAUUUCCUGCACCACGAUGUGCCUGGUGGUCUCCCCUGGGAGCAGGGCCUGUCCUCGCCGCUGUGCCUGCUACAUAGCCACAGAGGUGCACUGCACAUUUCGGUACCUGACCUCCAUCCCAGAUGGCAUCUCCCCUGAUGUGGAGCGCAUGAAUUUAGGGUACAACAGCUUGAUUAGGUUGACAGAAACAGACUUUUCUGGCUUGAACAAACUGGAGUUACUCAUGCUGCACAGUAAUGGCAUUCACACAGUCGCCGACAAAACCUUCUCUGAUCUACAGGCCCUGCAGGUCUUAAAAAUGAGCUACAAUAAAGUCCGAAAACUGCAGAGAGAUACCUUUUAUGGUCUCAAGAGCUUGACUCGGUUGCAUAUGGACCACAAUAGCAUUGAGUUUAUAAACCCAGAGGUUUUUUAUGGUCUCACCUCUCUCCGCCUGGUUCAUUUGGAAGGAAAUCAGCUCACUAAACUCCAUCCAGAUACGUUUGUCUCUUUGCGCUACCUCCAAAUAUUUAAAAUGUCUUUCAUUAAAUACUUGUACUUGUCAGAUAACUUCCUGACUUCUGUCCCUGAAGAGAUGGUUUCUUACAUGCCUGACCUAGAAAGCCUUUAUCUGCAUGGGAACCCAUGGACCUGUGACUGCCACUUAAAGUGGUUGUCUGACUGGAUACAGAGGAAACCAGAUGUAGUAAAAUGCAAAAAGGAUAGAAGUCCCUCCAGGUCUCAGCAGUGUCCCCUUUGCACCAACCCCAGGAUCUUUAAAGGCAAGGCCUUUGCUUCGGUCCCAGCUUCAGCUUUCCAGUGUUUGAAGCCAGCUAUUGACCCAUCUCUGAAAUCCAAGAGCCUGACUAUUUUGGAAGACAAUGGUCCUGCUUCAGUCUCUCCCCAGGACUUCCUGGCACCCUUAGGCUCCCUGACGUUGAAUAUAACAGACCAGAAUGGAAAUGAAGCUAACCUGGCCUGCAGCAUCCAAAAGCCACAGAGAUCACUGCCUACUGCAUUCACUGAAGAAAAUGACAACGUUGUGUUAAGUAUGUCGAUUUCAACAUUUCUUGUGUGCAGCAUGGACUCUAAUCACAUCCAGCCAGUGUGGCAAGUUCUGGCUUUGUAUAGUGACUCUCCCCUAAUACUAGAAAGGAGCCAUUUGGUCACUGAAGCACCUCAGCUGUGUUACAGAUAUAAACAGGUAGCUCCUAAGCCUGAAGAUGUUUUCACAAAUAUAGAGGCUGAUCUUAGCACAGAUCCUGCUUGGUUAAUGCAAGGCCAAAUUUCCUUACAGCUGGACAGGAACGCCACCACCUUCGGUACAUUACAGAUCCAUUACUCAAGUGAUGCUCAGGUCACUUCACCAAGAGCAGAGGUGAAGCCAGUAAAACAUAAGUGGACCAUGAUUUCAAGGCUUAACAAUACCAAGAUGGAGCACACUCUGCUGGUUGGAGAAACCAUUGCCCUGGACUGCCCAGGCCAGGGAGAUCCAACCCCACACUUGGAAUGGCUUCUAGCUGAUGGGAAUAAAGUGAGAGCCCCUUACGUGAGUGAGGAUGGACGGAUCCUAAUAGACAAAAGUGGAAAAUUGGAACUGCAGAUGGCUGAUAGUUUUGACACAGGAGUAUAUCACUGCAUAAGCACCAAUUAUGAGGAUGCAGAUAUUCUUACCUAUAGGAUAACUGUGGUAGAGCCGAAUGUAGAAGCCGCUCAAGAAAAUGGGAUUCAUCGCACAGUUUUCAUUGGAGAUACACUGGAUCUUCCAUGUCAUUCUACUGGCAUUCCAGAUGCUUCUGUUAGCUGGGUUCUUCCGGGAAAUAUUGUACUCUAUCAGUCCUCAAAAAACAAGCAAAUUCUUAACAAUGACACAUUAAGAAUAUUCCACAUUACACAAAAAGACCAAGGUCAUUAUUUCUGUGUAGCAGCCAAUCCACUAGGGAUUGAUGCUUUGGCUUUUCAAGUUUCUGUCAAAAUAAAAGAUCAAAGGCCAGAGGAGCAGGAUGUGGAUGCAGAUGGAUCUGGUUUUGAUGCACGUGAUGCCAGUACCCACCACAAGGACCUACCAGCUGUGCAGCUCCCUACAGCUACUGCUGUGAGGACUGAUGCUCGGAGAGUGGUCUCAAAGAUAAGAAAGAAGGACAGUCAUCAGGAGUUCCUACAGCGGCAGCAUGGAGAUUCAACAAACCAACGUUUUAGGGAACAGAGAAGGCAGUUCCUUCCCUCUGCUCGGAGAAUUGACCCCCAACACUGGGCAGCAUUUCUAGAUAAAGCUAGAAAGAAUGCUGAGCCAGAGAAACAGGAACAUACCACAGCAAAGCCACCUCCACCAGUCACUCAACUUGUGAAAAUAUCUGCUGAAGAAGAAGAAUUGUCAGGCAUGCUUUCACCAGAUGAGGAAUUCAUAGUCCUGGCAACCAGAGCUUCUAGGGUUCCAGCAACACCUCACAGCCUAGUGACAAAUAUAGCUUCUGGCACCAAAGUCUCCCCCCUCACAAGCCCACAAAUACUGCAACCUACUAUUAAAAUUACAAAAAAUGUAAACCCAACCAUAUCAAGCAAAGUGCAGGACACAACCAAUCAAAAUCCAGCUACCAUUUUCCCAUUACUCUCUGGAGUCACUGUGUUUCAUGAAGUGGACCAGGAGGGGAGAAGAGAGAAUUUUCUCAGUGUACCCCCAAUAAAGGGAAAGCCUGUGACCAAUGAGGUCCAUAUUAAAAUGCCUGGUAACAUUAACAGAACAGUAAGCACUCCCUUAGAAUCAGUAAAUCCUACAGAUGGUCAUGAAACAUCUGUAACAAGAGUCAGUGAGCCGAGGAGAAAUCACUUCUAUUCUCACAUUUCUCAAAAUCCUAGAAUCUCACCAGUUUCUCCAGAUCCACACACUGCUGUCCAUUCUCAGUUCCAGAUAUUCAGAAAUAAUACAGCUGUCAUCCCAUUGCCCAGACGCUUUGGAAGACGGAGGAAAAUUUGGGGCAGAGGGCGAAUGACCAGCCCAUUUAGAAACCCAGUUCUCCGAUGGCAUCGAUAUGGCACUGUGAAGCCAGCAUCCAGAGGUCCUGCUGCAGAAAGCACGACUGCAUUUUCAGCUCCGGAGCUCCAUGUGAUGUGCCCAUCCUGUCUUCCCAGGCAGAGGCUUGCCUCCACCACCACGGCACUGCUUUUUGCAGGACCUUCCCCUACCACUCUCCCCAAAGCUAACAAAGCUAGGGGCACAACAGAAGAGUCUACAACACUAAUUCAGAAUCCUUCAUUACUGUUUGAAAAUAAAUCAGCUGUAGAUGUUGAGAGAAUGACGCCCACUAUACAAAAUUUCAGUCCUGGAAGUACCCAGGAAACUUCAACUGGUACAGUCCUGAUGUACUCUUCAAGAUCUGUAGCUAUGGAGAAAACUCUUACAGUAAAUAAUGGUUGCCAAAGUAUGUCUAGCACCAGUGAAGCUAAAAGGGAUUCAGAGAUCACGCUGCCCCUUUCACAUUCCAUUACCAAGCCACCAAAACCUACUACUAUAGGCAUUACAAGAUUUUCAAGAAGGAAAAUUCCCUGGGAUCAGAUAUUUGUAAAUAAGCAUAAUCCAAAAGUGUUGUUAAAGAAUCUGCAUAAAUUUGGUUUACCAAAAAGCAAAGCCACAAUGCUUCCUAAAAUAUCUCCUGCUUUACCCACAAAUAAAUUUAUCCCCUUGCAUUCCACAACACUCUCAGUGAGCCUGACACAAAUUCCAUCUGCAACUCUUAGUACAGUUCACCACAAUAUCACUGCAACAUACAGUCCUCAGAGUAUCUUAGCAAGAAGGGAGCCUCCUGUUGCACCUUUUUACCCUGUGUUUCCUAGUAUCACAAGCAAAAAAUCAAGUACAAUAAGCUUCACAUCAGUGCAGACAACACCUGCAACUCUUCCCACUGCUUCUGCAUCUAUAAUUAUCAACAAAAUCCAAACAGCAAUGCCCAGAGCACAAAAAGAGCAAAAAAUAGAGGUGACUCCAAGUAGGAACGAUCCAAAUAUCACUUCUGGCCAGAGUCCUGGCAUCCCUACAUCAGCUACUGUGCUACCCCCUGUCCUAUCUACAACUAAAACAUCAAUCAAUCCAAAUAUCUCUGUUGUCACCCAUUCCUUCCUAGAAGACACAAGUAGAAUUUUAGGCAAAAUUGGCCAGCAUUCAAGAACUAAUGUGGCAAGUGGAACUGCAGAACUACCACAGGAGAACACUCUGACUUUGGAAGGCACAGUUGAUUCAGGAACAACUUUGACUAGCAAGUCAGAGCAGAAUGCCACAACUAGGAAAACUAUGACAAGUCCCUCAACCAUGAUACCACUCCUAGGCAGCAGUGCCCCUCUAAUGUCCAUGCCCACCCCACCUCCCUCUACUCAAGGUGUAAUUACUGUGGGGACACCUGUUCUUGCAGUGACAAACACCAUGGAUAAGCUUCAUGAAUCCUCAAGGAAUGAUAUGAACUCACAGCAAUCAGCAGCAGAAUCCACAGUACCAAUGAAGGUGCCCACAAAAGCUGAGUUCACAAUGACAGCCACUCACUUUACCUACUCUGAUCUACCACAUUCUACACCUACUUCAGCCCAACACACAACAGUUGAACCACAGAUUUCUAAGUGGAUGCUCUUUCCUCAGCCAGAAAACCAAUUUGAGCUCAAGUCACACCCCACAUUUUCCAAAAAGGAAAAGAAGCCAGCAGUCAGUAUGUUUCCCACUCUUAGCUUGCCUGAGCCCACUUCUCAUGCUUCAUAUUGGGGUGGACAGAGGAACACAAAGAAGAGUGGAUUUGAUAAGAAACCAGUUAAGAAAAUAACUUCCAAACUCCUUCCCUCUGACAUUUUGUCCAGGAAUACAUUCGAAAAGCCCAGAAUAGUUGGAGGAAACGCUGCGAGUUUUACUGUCCCGGCUGACUCAGAUGGCUUGCUUCCUUGUGAAGCUACUGGAAAUCCCCUGCCCACCAUCCACUGGACCAGAGUCUCAUCGGGAAUUGAACUGUCCAAAAGGAAGCAGAACAGCCGGUUCCAUGUGUUCCCCAACGGAACUCUAUCCAUCCAGAAGGUCAAUAUUCAGGACCGUGGACAGUACCUGUGCUCAGCAUCCAAUCGUUUUGGCACGGACCGCCUUCACGUCACCUUGUCUGUGGUUUCCUAUCCCCCCAGGAUCCUAGAGAGACAUACCAAGGAGAUCACAGUUCAUUCUGGAAGCACUGUGGAACUGAAGUGCAGAGCAGAAGGUAGCCCUAGCCCUACAAUUUCCUGGAUUCUUGCAAACCAAACACUGGUCUCAGAAGCAUCUCAGAGAAAGACCCGGGCCCUGAUAACAUCUGAUGGAACACUGGUCAUCCACAAUCUAAGUAUUUAUGACCGUGGAUUUUACAAAUGCAUGGCCAACAACCCCGCUGGCCAGGACUCGUGGCUGAUUAAAAUACAAGUCAUUGCAGCUCCUCCUGUUAUUCUAGAGAAAAAGAGGCAAGACAUUGUGGGAAUUCAGGGUGAAAGUUUGACACUGCCCUGCACUGCAAAAGGAAGUCCUCAGCCCACUGUUCAUUGGGUCCUUUUUGAUGGCAGUGAGGUAAAACCAUUGCAGGUUGCUAAUUCCAAGUUGCUCCUGUAUUCAAAUGGGAGUCUGCAUAUAAGAAACAUAGUUUCUGCAGAUGCAGGCACUUAUGAGUGCAUUGCUACCAGCUCCACAGGCUCAGAGAGAAGAGUGGUAAUUCUUACAGUGAAAGAAAAAGAGACCAUUCCUAGGAUAAAAUCUGCCUCCCAGAAAUGGACUGAGGUGAAUGUGGGGGACGAGUUACUACUGAAUUGCUCAGCUACAGGGGAGCCCAAGCCCAAAAUAAUCUGGAGGUUACCAUCCAAGGCUCUUGUCGAACAGUGGCACUGGCUGGGCAGCCAGAUCCAAGUCUACCCCAAUGGAUCACUGUUUAUUGGCUCUGUAACAGAAAAAGAUGGUGGGGACUACUUGUGUGUAGCAAGAAACAAAAUGGGAGACGAUCUCGUCCUUAUGCAUGUGAGCCUGCGGCGAAAACCUGCCAGAAUUGACCACAAGCAGCAUUUCAAAAAGCAGGUGCUCCACGGAAAGGAUUUCCAAGUGGACUGUCGCGCUUCCGGCUCCCCAGUGCCCGAGAUAUCUUGGAGUUUGCCGGAUGGAACAAUGAUAAACAAGGCAAUGCAAGCUGAUGACAGUGGCCACAAGAACAAAAGGUACACGCUUUUCAACAAUGGAACCCUUUAUUUUAACAAAGUUGGGAUUGCAGAAGAAGGAGAUUAUACUUGCUAUGCCCAGAAUACCUUAGGGAAGGAUGAAAUGAAGGUUCACCUUACAGUGAUAACAGCUGCUCCACGAAUAAGGCAGGGUUACAGGACAACCGUGAGAAUCAAAGCGGGAGCCACAGCCGUUCUUGACUGUGAGGUCACUGGGGAACCCAAACCAGAAAUAUUUUGGUUGUUGCCUUCUAAUGACAUGAUUUCAUUCUCGAGUGACAGGUAUGUGUUUCAUGCCAAUGGCUCUUUGUCUAUCAACAAAGUGAAACUGCUUGAUUCUGGAGAGUAUGUGUGUGUGGCCCAAAACCCCAGCGGGGAUGACACCAAAACAUACAAACUGGAUGUCACCUCACAACCUCCAUUAAUCAACGGUCUGUACAGAAACAAAACUGUGAUGAAAGCCACAGCUGUGAGGCACUCCAAAAAACACCUUAACUGCAGAGCUGAAGGGACACCAUCUCCUCAAAUCACGUGGAUCGUGCCGGACAACAUUUUCCUCACAGCUCCCUAUUAUGGAAGCAGAAUCAAAGUCUACAAAAAUGGAACCUUGGAAAUUAGGAACCUAAGGCUUUCAGAUUCGGCUGACUUUGUCUGUGUAGCUCGGAAUGAAGGAGGAGAGAGUGUGCUGGUGGUACAGUUAGAAGUACUAGAAAUGCUGAGAAGACCAACAUUCAGAAAUCCAUUCAAUGAAAAAGUAGUUGUCCAGCUUGGCAAGCUCACAACAUUGAACUGCUCUGUUGAUGGUAAUCCACCACCUGAAAUAAUCUGGAUUCUACCCAAUGGCACACAAAUCUCUAACAAACAAAAAAAUUCUCAGUAUCUUAUAGCAAGCAAUGGUUCUUUAAUCAUUAAUAAAACAACUCGAAAUAAUGCAGGAAAAUACCGGUGUGCAGCUAAAAAUAAAGUCGGAUAUAUUGAGAAAUUAAUUGUACUAGAAAUUGGGCAGAAGCCAGUUAUUCUUACAUAUGCAUUAGGGAUAGUAAAAAGUAUCAGUGGUGAGUCCCUAUCGCUGCAUUGUGUAUCAGAUGGAAUACCUAAGCCAAAUGUUAAAUGGACCACACCAAGUGGCUAUACAAUAGACAGGCCUCAAAUUAAUGGGAAAUACCUCCUGCAUGAAAAUGGUACCUUGGUCAUCAAAGAAGCAAUGACUUAUGACAGAGGAAAUUAUAUCUGCAAGGCUCAAAAUAGUGUGGGCCAGGCACUUAUCACUAUUCCUGUCAUGAUUGUGGCCUAUCCACCCCGGAUCACAAACCCCCCCACCAGGAGCAUCCUCACAAGGACAGGAGUGGCCUUUCGGCUCCAUUGUGUGGCCCUGGGAAUCCCCAAGCCAGAAAUCACCUGGGAGAGGCCUGGCCAUUCCCUGCUCUCCAGCACAAGUAAAAGGAGAAACCCUGAAAGUGACCUUCCUCACCCACGAGGCACCCUGGUCAUUCAGAAUCCCCAGAUCUCAGAUUCUGGGACAUACAAAUGCGUGGCGAGGAAUCCAGUUGGCAGUGAUUAUGCAACAACUUAUGUUCAAGUUAUAUGACGUGAAAUAUGAUUAAAAUCAACCAAGUCAAUGUCUGGACAGUUUAUUUUUUGGAAGAAGUUUAAUCAAAGGCAGCCAUAGGCAUGUAAAUGAAUUUGAAUACAUUUACAAUAUUAAAUUUACAGUGGACAUGCAAAAAAGACAUGUAAAUAAAUGCAUAUGAACUGAUACUGAUUUCUUUAAUAAAUCCCAACUUAAACUUUUAAGGCACUUUUAGUUUGCCAACAAAUAACAAACAUUAAGAGAAAAUGGUCCACAAUAAAAUAACAAAUGGCGAAUGCACCUGAAUUUUCCAGUAACAAAUGGACAUUUUGUUGUCUUUUAUGACCAGUUGCCCAGUAUCCAUCUCCUACCAAUGUUACAAGCAUGGCACUCAGAACAGUGCAACAGUGGAUAAGAUUAAUUUUGCAGUCUUUAUGUAAAUUUGUCAUCUUGAUCUAUAAAUAGUUUGUCAUUGGUUUAUAAAUAUUUUGCUAAAACCUACAGAAAAGAAGCACUGAACUGUUGACUAUGAUUUGUCAUUUGAUCACAUUAAAAUGUUUCAAUGAUGGGAAAUAUAAAAUGUUUUAACUGCAUUUAGAAAUAAAUGCAGGCCAAUUAUGUCCCCAUGUAAAAAGCAACUUAAUACCCACACAUCAUAAAAUGUGAAAAGGGGGCUGAUUAUGUUUUUGACCAAAUAUACCCAUUAAAAACAUUUUAAAAAUACAGUGAAACUCCUUCAUAACAUUAAAAUCUAGCUCAGGCACCCCAGUUGGGAGUUGUGUGUGAAGAAAGUUUUCUGAGGAGAAAUCUUCGCUCUGUGAGCAUUCAUUUCAUUAAGUAAUAAUUCUUUUUACAAUGAACAAACAUUUGGGAGAGUCUAGCUCUAUUAUAUAUAAUGAAGUUUCACUGUAUUUAGAUUUUGAUUAAACCCUAAAAAAUGUUGCUUUUGUAAUUGAAUAUUGCACAUAACUAAUUCAACCUGAAUUAAAUUUGGAGACACUAUAAUUCACCUUUUCUAAUUCUAGAGGAUGGGACUUUCCAGUGUAAUUUGUCAAAAGCAUCUGUUUAAAUACUCACCUAUUACUUUAAAACUGUAGUCUUGUAAAUAAAAAACUAAACUAGAGAUUUUGUUCAAAUAGCACAGUGCACAAAACUGAGAGCUCUAUUAGCCCCUGUCAGUCUUUUAAGAUACAUGGGAGGAUUCAAUGUGUUUCCAUCACUCCAACCUUCAGCGGGCCUCAUCUGAGCGGUGACCUAACUGCUACUAAUCUUACUACCCUAUGGCUGCAAGACAUCAAAGAACACUCAUUGUAAAGUCAUCCCCUUCUAUUUCUGGACCACAAUGAAGGUAUAAAACAACAGAUGCAAGUCUGUUAAGAAGUAGCCUGCAGUGUGAUCAGGUACUACGUCUAAGGUAGCGAUGGCAAACCCUUCAGAGCUUUCAAUGAUAGCCAGCAGCCUGCUGUGGCACGGGUUCACCACCACUGCUCUAAGGGAUUCUUUCUUAUAUCUGGGAAUUACGAUAGGUAUGACUCCAUUAGAUUUCAAGGUCUUAUCUUAAAGGGGAUUUGGAGCCUCCACCGUUUUUUUGCUUUGCUUUGCUUUGUUUUGCUUUCGAGUCAGUGUCUCAUUAUGUAG